AUGAUGUUACUUGCUACCGCAUCGGCGGAUAACACGAUUAACAUAUACUCUGUUCCUUCAGACCCCACUCCUGGGGUGGCCCUCAAACAUCUGCGCACUCUUCGUGCGCACUUGGCUGGUGUCAAUGCUAUUGCAUGGGCGCCCGUUGGACCUCCGUAUUCCCUUGCAUCAGCAAGCGAUGACAAAUCCAUUCUUCUCUGGUCCCCACUGGCCUCAGAUUUCCCCAUCUCACCCUCUCCGAUCACUGGUCAUAGCAACUACGUAUACAGUCUUGCAUUCAGCCCUAAGGGCAACAUGCUGGUUUCUGGCUCCUACGACGAAGCCGUUUUCCUAUGGGAUGUGCGUGCAGGACGCAUCAUGCGCCAGCUGCCGGCGCAUUCGGAUCCAGUUGGUGGUGUUGACUUCGUUCGUGACGGGACAAUGGUUUGUUCUUGUGCGGCAGAUGGUUUAAUCAGGAUCUGGGAUGCUGGCACGGGGCAGUGCUUGCGCACGCUUGUCGAUGAAGAUCGCAGGCCUGUUACAAGUGUGCGCUUCACACCGAACGGGAAGUUUAUUCUAGCAUGGACAUUAGAUAGCUCCAUCCGGCUCUGGCGAUACUCAGAUGGCAGCUGUCUGAAGACAUACCAGGGCCACUUGAAUAAGCAAUACAGCCUAGGCGGAGUUGUGGGGACUUACUAUCCCAACGGUCAAUGGGCUGGCGCUACCGAGUCGUUUGUUGCCAGCGGCAGUGAAGACGGUGACGUGCUGGUAUGGGACGGUACCAGCAAGGACAUCCUGUGGCGUGGCAAGGGUCAUAGAGAUGUCGUCCUGGCCGUGGACUAUGGACGCACGAAAGACGGCAAGGGCCUUCUUGCCAGUGCGGGCAAGGACCGCGACGUCCGCAUCUGGAUGAUCGACAGUGAGGAGACGGACAGAGAACAGCAGGCGCGCAAGAAGAGCGGCCAACACGCAGACGAUGACGAUAUGGACUUGAAUAUGACGAUGGACAUGGAUGAGGCAAUGGACCAGCGGGUUAGCGCUGCUGCUGCUGCCGCAAAAACGGCGCCGGGUGAGGCAGGACCUCACAGUGUGCCGCCAACUCUCUAUGGUGCUAUGGAUGUCGAUACCCGCCCGGCCGGUGGGGAGCACAGCUAG